AUGCAUAUGUGAUAUAUAUGUGUGUGUAUAUAUAUACACACCAAAACCACAACAAUUUCAUAUAAACAACACAAAGAACAUAUCUCAACAUCCAUUUAUCUAACAUGGAGUUUCAAACAUUUUCCGGCGAUCAAACUGAUCCAAUCUUCAUCCCAGGUUGGGAAAACCAAGAGGAUGAUCUCCACUUGCCGGAGAAUCUCCUUGUAGAUCUCCAUGACAUUUUAGAAAGUUUUCCACCGGAAAACACAACCGUUGGAUCCAAUUCAACGGCCGACGGUGGUUCUUUGUCGCCGGAAAAUGAUUCCGACGAUGUUGUCAUGGAAGCCAAAGUGCAGCCGGAAUGUGCUAAAACAUCAAAGAAGAAAAAAUUGGCACGUGGAGACAACAAGCCGGCGGACUGGACGCGGUACAGAGGAAUUAGGAGGCGGCCGUGGGGGAAGUUUGCGGCCGAGGUAACGAAUCCGAUGAAGAAAAGAACAAGAAUGUGGCUAGGGACAUUCGACACGCCGGAGGAAGCCGCGAUGGCAUAUGACAAAGCCGCUUUUGAGCUCCGCGGCUCACGAGCCAAGCUGAACUUCCCUCUCUUGAUCCGCCCCGAUGAUCUGGUGGGUUCUAAGUUGUUACAAUCUCAAAAUGCAUCACCACGGGCAUCCGCAUCAUCCUCCUCCACGUCAGCCGGAAAAAGCCACCGGAAAAGACAAAAGAAAAAUGAGGUGGACCAACCAUCAACUUCCACCAGUGCCACGGAGGAUGAUGGUGGUAGUGAGUGUGACUCAUUGUGGAAUAUCCAAUUGGAUACACUUAUUUCCGAGAGUUUUGUACCGGCCGGUACGGUGGAGCCGCCGGUUGCUCCGGUGGUUGACUUUGACUUAAAUUGGGAGCUAGAUAUUGAUACAUCUAUUUAUGAGCAAUUUUUUGGUGAAAAUGUGGUGGAGCCCACUAGUGCUGAGGUGGCGGAUGAGUUGGCGUGGGAUAAUUUGUUGGAAAAUAUGGUUGAGCCACCAAUGACCACAGAUAAACCGGUUGAGGUAGUUAAUACAUGUGAUUCACCUUUGGAGAUCGAUAUUGAUACAUCGAUAUUUGAGUGUAUUUUUGGGGAAAAUAUGGGUGAGGAGUCAAAUAUCGCCACUGAUGUCUCGGAAGCGCACAACGAUGGUGAUCUUCACUCACUAUGGAAUAGUCAAAUUGAUAUCGGGUCUGGCUAAACGUACGCCUCUCUACUGAAGUAACCUCUACGUGAGAGAUUAUUUUUUAGUAGUGGGUUUGUGACAGGAUGAUGCGCGUAGCAGCUUAGAAGCACCUACUAAUAUUGUAACGUCAUUGUCAUCUAGCUACAUUACUGCUAUCACGGAGGAAGUUGUUGGGUGACGUAUUUCUAAAUUAGAUAAAUUAGUUUUAGGUUCUCAAUGAGACAUCCAGGUAGUAAGUGAUGUACUUCUCAAUCAAAAGGUUGGAAGGUUAAAUCUUGCAAGGUGUAGUUUAUGGUGUAUUUAUUCUAAAAAAUGUAAGAAUUGUUAUAAAAAACGAUAAAUUAAUUUUAGUCUUUUGA